AUGUACAAGCUGCUGGCUGCUUUUGUCUUAAUCGCUGUCGUAAGCGCCCAAUACAGCCCCCUGCCUUACAAAGGACAUCAUGAAGAAGAAUAUGGUCCAGCAAAGUACGAGUUCGCUUACGUAGUAGAAGAUCCCCACACUGGAGAUUUCCAUUCUCAGCAGGAGCAACGUGAUGGUGACCACGUCCAAGGGCAGUACUCCCUCCAUGAGGCCGAUGGUACUGUCAGAAUCGUGAAAUACUCUGAUGAUGGACACGGUUUUAAUGCUGUGGUGGAGAAACAGGGACAUCCCAGCGAAGCUUCUGUGACUUACAAGAAAACUGUUGUUGCCCCAGCACCAUACAACUAUUACCACCAUUAAAUU